ACGAGGCAUUACUCAUUAAUAUCGAUUGCGCGCUCUCUCACUAUAAGGACCAAGGAUUUAAAAGAAUAAAGACGUAGAAAAUCAUCGAUAAAGAACAAACAUGAGAGAAAUAGUACAUCUUCAAGCUGGACAGUGCGGAAAUCAAAUAGGAUCUAAGUUCUGGGAAGUGAUCUCAGAUGAACAUGGAAUUGACCCCACUGGUACAUACCACGGGGAUUCUGACCUUCAACUUGAGAGAAUCAACGUCUACUAUACUGAAGCUUCUGGUGGUAAAUAUGUACCCCGUGCAGUUUUGGUUGAUCUUGAGCCUGGAACCAUGGACUCCGUGAGGUCUGGACCAUUUGGUCAGGUCUUCAGACCCGACAACUUUGUUUUUGGACAGAGUGGUGCUGGAAACAACUGGGCUAAAGGUCACUACACAGAGGGAGCUGAGCUGGUUGACUCGGUCAUGGAUGUAGUACGGAAAGAAGCAGAAAGCUGUGAUUGCCUUCAAGGAUUCCAACUCGUUCACUCUCUUGGUGGUGGUACUGGCUCUGGUAUGGGAACUCUUCUUAUUAACAAGAUUCGUGAAGAAUAUCCCGACAGAAUCAUGCUAUCUUUCUCAGUUGUUCCCUCCCCUAAGGUAAGUUUUUAUGUUAAACUGUUUGAGAUUUUGUAGUUGGUUCAUACAGAA